GUGCCUGGGAAUCGGUUCGCGUUCGUGCUAUAGCCACUCGGGCGGAGUCGUGAUUAUAGAGUGUGCGAGCCACGUCUCUGAGUUAGAAAAAUUAGUGUAAAACGCGAUUUUGGAGUGGGAUUUAUUCGACAGUUGCUCAUUAUUUCGACCAGAAACGUCGUUUGGAGUGGAUUUUUUUUUCUUUGUGAAACCCGAGCUUUGUUUACGUUUUGAGAGAGCGCGCGAGAGAGCGCGCUAUCUUGUCGAGCUAGCGCGGCUAAGCUAACGUUAGCUCCACUUUUUUUUACGCGAAGGAAGGAAGGAUUUUCUCGGCCCAGCUUUGACGGGACUUUUCCAAAGUGGUGUAUGCAUCGGCCAAAGCCCUGGAGCAGACCUGAUGGAAACAUUAUGUCUAAAGCACCAUGAGGCUCCUCUAGAUCACUGGAGAAUCAGUUUCACAUAAACGAUCGGACUAUUGCAGGAGGACGACUGCAGCAUGGUAUCUUGUUGAAUAGAUAGGAUUCAGAGAAAUAGUUUUGCACCACAGAUAAAUAUCUUGGUGCUGCUUCUACGAGGGGUUUGUAAAAGUGGGGGGGAACAGGUAACUGUAGGUGUAAUUUGGAGCUGUAAAACUAGCUAUUUUGAGGAUUUUUUUGUUUGCUAAGAUAACAAGAUGAGCGCAGAAGGAUAUCAGUACAGAGCACUAUACGACUAUAAGAAGGAGAGGGAGGAGGACAUUGACCUGCAUGUCGGAGACAUACUCGUAGUGAGUAAAGGCGCCCUGUUAGCACUCGGCUACGGUGAAGGGCUGGCCGAGAGGCCGGAGGACAUUGGCUGGCUACCCGGGUAUAAUGAGAUGACUCAGGAAAAGGGGGACUUCCCUGGUACCUAUGUGGAGUUCAUUGGGAAGAAGAAGAUUUCUCCUCCAACCCCGAAGCCACGGCCUCCCAGGCCUCUUCCCGUGGCGCCCGGAUCGGCCAGAAGCGACUCGGACUCUGAGCAAGGAGGUCCCAGCACUUUGCCAGAUCUGACCGAGCAGUUUGCACUUCCAGACAUGGCCCCACCCAUUCUGCUCAAACUGCUGGAGGCCAUCGAGAGGAAAGGCCUGGACAACCCCACCCUGUACAGAAACUUUACUGCUGGAGGUGGUCUGGAUGUACGGCAGUCUUUCGACAACGACGGCCUGUCCAUGGACUUGGAGCCGCUCGACCUGCAGGCGCUGUGUGACGGUCUGAGACGAUACCUGCUGGAUUUGCCCCAGCCGGUGAUUCCCUCUGCAGUCUACACUGAGAUGGUACACAUUGCUCAAGAGGUUCAGGGCAUGGAGGAAUGUGCCGAACACUUGCGGCGGGUCGCUGGUUCCUCUGUUUUGCCGCCUCAGUACUGGCUAACGCUGCAGUGCCUGCUGAGACACCUUGCCCACGUUUGCCAGGCCUCGGCCGCCAACCUGCUGAACGCUCGCGCCCUUGCCGAGAUCUUCAGCCCUGCACUAUUCCGGCAGCAGGCAACCAGCUGUGAACCGAGCCCUGAGUCGCACAUCAGGAUCCUUGAAGUCCUGGUGACCAGCGAAUGGAGCAGCAGCCAGGCAGCUCCAGCACUACCUCCGAAACCACCCAAACCAACCCCUGUCACUAACAACGGUAUGAACAACAACAUGGCUCUACAGGAUGCCGAAUGGUACUGGGGGGACAUUUCAAGGGAGGAGGUCAACGAGAAGCUGAGAGACACAGCUGAUGGAACAUUUUUGGUUCGUGACGCCUCCACCAAGAUGCACGGAGACUACACCCUCACGCUGAGGAAAGGAGGUAACAACAAGCUGAUCAAAAUUUUUCAUCGCGAUGGGAAGUACGGUUUCUCAGAUCCUUUGACUUUCAACUCGGUGGUUGAGCUGAUCAAUCACUAUCGGCACGAAUCCCUCGCCCAAUACAACCCCAAACUAGAUGUGAAACUGCUGUAUCCUGUGUCUAAGCACCAGCAGGAUCAAGUGGUAAAAGAGGACAACAUUGAAGCUGUGGGCAAGAAGUUGCACGAAUACCACCUGCAGUACCAAGAGAAAAACAGGGAGUACGACCGACUGUAUGAGGAGUACACCAGAACAUCACAGGAGAUCCAAAUGAAAAGAACCGCUAUUGAAGCUUUCAACGAGACCAUCAAGAUCUUUGAGGAGCAGUGCCAGACGCAGGAGCGCUACAGCAAAGAGUACAUUGAGAAGUUUAGGAGAGAAGGCAACGAGAAGGAGAUCCAGAGGAUAAUGGUGAACUACGAGAAGCUGAAGUCUCGCAUCAGUGAGAUCGUGGACAGCAAGCGUCGUUUGGAGGAAGACCUGAAGAAGCAGGCGGCUGACUACAGGGAGAUCGACAAGAGGAUGAACAGCAUCAAGCCUGAUCUCAUCCAGCUCAGGAAGACCAGGGAUCAGUACCUCAUGUGGUUGACACAGAAGGGCGUCAGGCAAAAGAAGCUCAACGAGUGGCUGGGAAUCAAAAACGAGAACCAGGAAGAUCAAUACUCGAUGGUGGACGACGACGAGGACUUGCCGCACCACGACGAGCGUUCCUGGAAGCUCGGGAACAUCAACCGCAUCCAAGCGGAAGCUCUGCUACGUGGCAAGCGAGACGGAACCUUCCUGGUCCGAGACAGCAGCAAACCAGGCUGCUACGCCUGUAGCGUUGUUGUGGACGGUGAGGUCAAGCAUUGCGUCAUCAACAAAACUCCCACCGGCUUCGGUUUCGCCGAACCUUACAACCUGUACGGCUCACUGAAGGAACUGGUCUUGCACUACCAGCACACGUCACUCGUUCAGCACAACGACUCUCUGAAUGUCACGUUAGCAUACCCGGUUUACGCACACCCGAGGCGAUGAGGACUCACGCACACUUACUUUGUCAGGACUUUGCGAUGCACGAUUGGAGCUUCGAAGGAGGAGGGGAUAAUAAGCCUCCGCUCCUGUAGCGAUGCCUCCACUUUGGAUUCAGGACGGAGGGCCGGUUUUCGCCGCUAAACCCCAAAAGCAGACAUUUCAGCCAAGACCUCGAGGAGUCGUAUCGUUUUCCUCGCAGUCAAGUGGAAACUGCUGAACUUUGAUCUCUCACUCUGUCCCAAAAUGGAGGACGAUGGAGGCCUUUCUCAAAAUGGUGCUUGUUCAUUUCAAAGCUUUACCCACUGCUGGAAUGUGGAACGCUCGUGACGACGACCUCUGGAGUGCAGCUUUUUAUUUUUAAAUGCUACUCAGAGAGGUGUGUGUGUGUGUGUGUGCGCGUUUGUGCGCGUGCGUGCGUGUGGACGUGAUGUGACCAAAACUCACAGUAUCUAAAAGCUAUUUGUCAUUGGCGUGUUCAAGGUGACGAUGUGAACAGACCAUGGAAUCAGCUGAUCAAUGUAGCAAGAUGGCACUUUCAAAACAGUAUAUUUUGUGGUUUUUAUUUUUGUUUUGUUGGGUUUUUUUUUUUUUUUCCACAUAAAGGACUGUGAACAAGCGAACGAUUUGAACAUUUCAUUUUAAAUGAGCAAAAACAGGACUGGGACAGGAUGUGUGGCAUUUUACUCUGCGAGCAUUACAGUGACUGCUUCUGCCUUUUAUGGACUAGCGAGGCACUCAAAAGAACCUAAAAUACACACAUUUUGUACAUAUGGACUUAAAGAAAAAAAAAAAGUGAUUGAAACCAUGUUGUACCAAAAACAGCGCUCAGUUCCUUCUCAGUUGUAUUCAAAUGUGCUAUGCAAAUUCUGUUUCUCCCUUCUUUUUUUUUUUUUUUUUUUUUCUCUCUCUCUCGCAGAGAUGUGAUUAUUUUACAUGUUGCUACCCAUAAUAUAAUUUUCCUUCUUUUUGUUUUCACAGCUUGAAGUUGUUUGUUUUUUUUUGUUUUGUUUUUUACGGUAGUAUAUAAGAGAAUAUUUUAAGUGUCAAAACCGCCAAGAGAUACGGCUUCAGUUUUACAACAGAUAAACGAUAAAGUUCUUACUACAGAUUUCUUUAUCAGCAGCUGAUUAGAUUAAACAAAUGAGUAUUUUAUUAGUCUUUUUCAUUUAUUUUUUUUCCAAGGCAGAGCCUGGAGGACUUUAGUGCUGCUUCUAGUCAUUAGUAUCAUAAAUUGGAUCUUUUUUUUUUUUUUUUUUUUCUUCGUUUUUCACAUAGACAUUUUGAAGAUUUCCUAUCAUGAAAAUGAGUUCAUGUCAGAAAAUCUCAUCGUUUUUGUUUAUUUGGAGGUGAAUUUUCCAGCCCAUUUGGAUCGAGGCGAAUUGAAUUCCCGUUUAUUUUAGAUGAAUGAAGAACAGCUCUGUAUUUCUUAUCCAUAUCGUUUUUCUGUAUCAGAAAAACUCACUAGUGUUUACAUGACCGAGUCACAAUCUUUUGGGUUUUUUUUUCUUCCCUUCUUUCCUCACCCCCCCCACUCGCACCUCUUGUAUAUUUCUCUGCUUUUCAUUUAGAGCUGAUAAACGGUAGUUCUUCCAUUCACAGGAAAAUCAACUCUGCAUCUUAAUAACUGCCAGCUGAAUGGUGACAUUUUGCCAUUUGCUGUCUCAUAAUUCAUCAGAGAUUACAGUGUUCUAAGCUUUAUGACUGGUGAAGCCUUCGGCAUAGAGGUCUGCCUCCAGUUUGACUCGUGUCUAUAUUGCAGUUAUGCAUCUGAUGAUAUUUUGCAUAAAUAAAACAUCAUUGUGAACCAAUAACCGGUUUGAAAGCUUGUUAAUGAACACAAGGCUACAUUUAAGAGACAUUAGUGUAUCUCAUUUGUACCCUUACAUAUCAGAACUGCAUUCCUUUUAGUUCCUGGUGUAAUCUAAGUUAUUCAUCACUUCCUGCACGAUAGCAUUUCUUAAAAGUAAGGCGUGACGAAUGUUUUCUUUGGCUGUUGCAGCAUUGGUGUUCUCAUUUUCUGAAUCGAAAUGGGCAUUUUAUAAAGUUGUGGAUGGGGUGCAUCACUGGAUAAAUUUGAGAAAACGGCACCGUCUUUCGGAUGAGACGUUAAACCGAGGUCCUGACUCUCUGUGGUCAUUAAAAAUCCCAGGACACUUGUAGUAAAAUAGUAGGGGUAUAACCGCGGGGUCCUGGCAAAAUUCCCCCAUUGGCGCCUCUCUAUCAUGGCUCCCUAAUAAUCUCCAUCUCUGAAUUGAUUCUCUCUCUCUCUCUCUCUCUCGCUCUCUCUCUCUCUCUCAAUGUGUGGUGGGAGUUCUGGUGCACUAUGGCUGCCGUCACAUCAUCCAGGUGGACGCUACAGACUAGUGGUGGUUGAGGAGAUUUCCCCUCCCCCACCCCAAUACAAUGUAAAAUGCUUUGAGUGUCUACAAAAGCGCUAUAUAAAUGUAA